AUGCUUUUUGCAUCUCGAUUUUUUAUUUUUUAUUUUUAUCUUCUAACAAAUAUAAAUGAAUGUAAGAAUCAUAAUGAAAUAAAAUGUGAAUAUUCAUCAGUAGGUCGAGAUCAAAAACUCGAAACAAAUAAUAUAAAACGUUAUAAACGAUUUGUUCUUUUUCCUGAAUAUAAAUUAUGGUUAAAUGAUUGGCGUUAUUUAAAUAAUCCAAAUGAAUUUAUUUAUUGGAUAACUAAUUAUUAUCCGAAUAAAAUUGAUUCAAAUUAUGUUCGUUUAUAUAUUCAUCAUAUUGUUAAUAAUAUAAAUAAAGUUAUUAAUAAUAAAAUCUCUUCAAUACAUCAAGCAUCAUCAAUAGAUAAAGCCAAUUUUCAUUUUUAUUUUUAUAAUUAUGAAAUAUGUCCUAGUGAUGAUUCAUCAGCAACAACAAAAGAUGUCGAAAGUAUCGGAGUAAUGCUUAUUUAUCCAUCAGAUGUUAUUAAACAAAAUCGUUAUCGUGCUCAUGGAGGAAUAUUGUUAAAUAAAAUAAAUAAUUCAAAAAUAUCUUAUAUGAAAUUUAAUAUUCAUCAUACAUUUAUAAUUCAUCAAGAUUUUCAAUAUGAUCCAGUAGAAUAUAAAUGUAAUUCGGAUGAAACUCAUUGUUUUAUCGAUCUUUAUUCUGUUAUCUUACAUGAAACUCUUCAUGGUUUUGGUAUUGAGCAUACAGAAAAUAACUUAUCAAAUAAAAAUAUUGUUGCUGUUAUGCAUUUAUAUGCAAGUCGAAUAAUGUGUCAUGAUGAUAUUCGUGCUAUAAGAAAAGUAUAUGGUUUAUCUGUUAAAAGAACAAAUUCAAUUUAUGAUGAUACAUGUAGAAGAGAUUUUCCUCUUAAUUCAGUACAAAAACAAAUGAUUAAAAUUCAUAGAUGGAUCAUUUUUUAUAUCUGUCGAAUCACUUUAUUGACUAGUUUUAUUUUAUUUCUAUUGACAAUUAUUUAUAUUAUAUUUAAAUUAAAUUAUUUUCAUCGAAAAAAUAAUGAUCAAUUGUCGAGUCCUCAAUCAUUUCAUUCAGAAGAAACAUAUCGAAAAAGACAUCAAACUGUUUUAAAUGCUUUUUUAUGGCAUAAUGAUUACUUGAAUAAUUAA